AUGGACAAUUUCCUCCCCAAUUCCCGUCGAACAGUCCGUACAUUGGACUUUGCCGACUUUCUCCAUGGCGAUGCUAAUAAACAGAGCAAAUUUUGCCGAGAGCUAAUCGCGUGCCUCAGCACUGUGGGAUUCGUGAAGCUUGUGAACCACGGACUUGGUGACGAAGAGCUCUACGAAGUAUUUGAAUGGAACAAGAGGUUCUUCUCACUCCCCCUUGCCGCGAAGACGAAAGCGGCGCACCCAUAUGGACCGAACCCACAUCGCGGUUACAGCUACAUCGGGCAGGAGAAGCUGUCCAAGGUCAAGGACUACGAAAAGGGCACUCGAAAUGCUGCCGAAGUUUAUGACGUCAAGGAAUCGUUUGACCAAGGUCCCGCACACGACGAACUGUAUCCGAAUAGGUGGCCAGACGAGGGUGAUCUUCCAAAUUUCCGAGUAUUCAUGGAAAGAUUAUACGAUCGCUGCCACCAAAUCCAUCAAGAGAUCCUUCAAGCCCUAGCACUUGGCCUUGGCCUUGGCCCUGGCUUCUUUCGAGACAUAUGCGACCAAAACACUUCGGAAGUACGCUUGAACCACUACCCCGGGUGCGAGGCUGCCGUCCUGCACAAAGGUGCAAAGAGAAUAUCCGAGCAUACAGACUUUGGCACAGUUACACUGCUCUUCCAGGACUCCGUGGGUGGCCUAGAGAUAGAAGACCAGCAUGUUCCGGGAGACUACUUCCCCAUUCCCUUUGGGAGUAGAUCGGAGAUGAUUGUCAACAUUGGUGAUUGCCUCCAGCGCUGGUCCAACAACAAGUUCCGCGCCACGAGCCAUCGUGUAGUCCUCCCUCCGGGGUUGAGUGAUGGCUGGAUCGAGGACAGAUACUCGGUGGCCUAUUUUGGGAAGCCUAAUCGGUCACAAGCUGUGGGUGCCCUGCCUGAGCUUUUACCGGAGGGAGUAAAGUCUAAAUAUAGCAACAUUACUGCUUGGGAAUAUAAUCAAGAGAAACUCACCUUGACAUACUAG